ACCAAAUACCAAACAUAUUUCGAUGGCAUCUGCAAGUUCUGAACAACAGUUAUGUUAUGGACCUGAGGAUCCAUCCGUACUGUUUCAUCAAAACGAACAUAUUUCAGCCUCAUUGUUGGCGAAUGGCACAACAAAUGUGUUCAGAGUUCGUAGGACGGAGAGUAAGGUUUGGGCAUUGCCAAUACAUGAAGAUGUGAUGCAUUGGCUUGAUGUUUGGGGGUUCAGAGGUGUGAUUGAAUGUGGAAGGCCAAGAAGGAUGGACAAUGACCUAAUAACUGCAUUGAUCGAGCGAUGGAGGCCUGAGACCCACUGUUUCCACCUUCCAGUUGGUGAGGUAACCGUAACCUUACAGGAUGUGCAAAACCUGUGGGGUUUGAGAGCAGACGGUCGUGUUUUCACUGGCUGUGACUACCCUAUUGGAUAUGAAGAUUGGCCCAGCAAGUGUAGAGAUGUGUUGGGAUGGAUACCUGACGCAGAAACAGAAACGAAGCACGGUGGGUUGUUGAUGACGUCUCUGAUCAACCAAGCGACUAUGCCGUUGGGUGAUGGGCUGCAUGAGUAUGCAUACGUCCAAAGAACACUUGGGGUAGUGCUGCUUUAG